GUUCCUCGCAAGGAAGCUUCUUUGAAAUGGCAAAGGCGGCUUGUAUGAAGGAUAAGCAGGAGAAGCAGGAGAAUUGGUAAAAUGGGGCUUGAUCCAAAGGAUGGGGGGUUUCCCAUGGUUCAGGAUUUGGUUGAGUCUGGCAUUGAUGAAGUGCCUCAGCGAUUUGUGAAGCCAGCGGAAGAGCGGUCAUUCUCUGCAGCAAGGACGGAAGAUGAUGAGGUUCCAGUUAUUCACGUAGCAGAGCUUGACACAGCUGAAGGCAUCGCUAAGCUCGACAGCGCUUGCCGAGAUUGGGGAUUUUUCCAGCUGAUUGGACAUGGCAUCCCUCCGGAGUUGCUUAAACAGGUGAGGAAGACUGUGAGGGACUUUUUCCGGUUGCCCCGGGAGCAGAGGGAAGCAUAUGCUAUUCGCUCUGAUGCACCAUCUCUAGCCAGCCAGGAAGGAUACGGAAGAUUCUUCGUUCCUUCGGAGGAGACUGUGCUCGACUGGGGCGAUUCUGUUUAUCAUUUUCUUCCUCCCAUAAGGAAUUGGCCAAGAAAUCCUCCAGAGUACAGGAAAGUCGUGGAAGAGUACGGCCAGGAGAUACGGCCUCUGGCAAUCAAACUGCUACAAUGCAUGGCAGAGGCAUUGGGGCAACGUGCCAGUUUUUUCUCUGAAGCUUUCGGUCCUAGUCCUCAUUAUGCGAUCAGGCUGAACUAUUAUCCGCCUUGUCCACAGCCAGAGCUUGUGAUUGGCCUCAGCCCUCACUCCGAUCUCGUGGGUCUUACCGUUUUGCUCCAAGAUGAGGUGGAAGGCCUGCAGGUUAAGAAAGGCGGGCAGUGGAGGAGCGUCAGGUCCAUCCCAGACGCGUUUGUGGUGAAUGUUGGAGACACGGUUGAGAUACUAACAAAUGGAGCUUACAAGAGCGUGGAGCACAGAGCUGUCGUCAAUAAGGAAUGCUCUCGGAUCUCCAUUGCAACAAUUUACGGUCCUGGCCGCGACAGGAAAUUAAAGCCAAUUACCUCGGAAGAAAUGCCACCUUUGUACAAGGAGAUCUCUAUGGCAGAGCUCCUCGAAGCGUUCCUCAGUGGGGAACUGAAUGGUAAGGGGCAUCUCCAGUUUGUCAGAAUAGUAUGAGGGUCCAAGUAUUAUGACAAAAAUAAAAUAUUGUGACAAUAUAUGUCUUUAAUAUAGUAAAUGAUAUAUAUAUA